AUGGCUUCUGAAGAACCUCUCUUCGAUCCGUCCCUCAAGAAACGAAAGAAAAAGGCUGUUGCUUUUACGGAGGAUCCUCUCGGUGCCGAUGCAGAUCCGACUGCGCCAGCCCCCGACACAAUCGAUAACACGACUACAACCGGGGAGGCAGUCGAUUUGGGCCCUACCACUGCCCAUGAACAGAUGAAAAUGAAUGGGGAAGAGGGGUCGAAGAAUGAAGAUGAAGAUUUCAAGGCUAUGUUCGGGGAUUUGAAGAAAAAGAAGAAAAAGAAGGAGAUACCGAUGGACCUCGCAGAUGGAGAUUCCGGAACGUCUACUCCUGCCGCUGGUGCUUCUGUUCCAGCGAUCACAGAGGAUCUGGAUUUCUCCGAUAUCAAGAAGAAGAAAAAGAAAUCGAAAAAAGCAGCGCUAGACAUGGAGGCGUUUGAAAAGGAAUUGUCUGGGUCUAAAUCGAAGUCUGCGGCUGAGGAAGAGGAAGACGGAGAAGUGGAACACAACCCCAAUCUUGAUAUUGAUGAUGCUGACCUCGAGAACGAUCCUUUCGCUCAACCAAGCGAUGCUCCGGUCGGCGUUGACCUCGGUAAUGAGCCCUGGUUAUCCAGUGACCGUGAUUAUCUUUAUCCAGAGCUUCUUACGCGCUUUUAUUUCCUUUUGCAUGCUGCUAAUCCUGCUCUUCUUUCAUCUUCUUCUCAAAAACGAUACACAAUUGCGCCACCUUCCAUUCACCGUGAAGGUAACAAGAGAUCGGUCUUUGCCAAUGUCACGGAUAUCUGCAAGAAAAUGCACAGACAGCCCGAACAUGUCAUCCAGUUCCUCUUUUCAGAGAUGGGUACUACUGGGAGUGUCGAUGGUGCUGGUCGUUUAGUUAUCAAAGGUCGUUUCCAGCAAAAACAGGUUGAAAAUGUUUUGCGACGAUAUAUUGUCGAAUAUGUUGCAUGCAAAACCUGCAAAUCAAUGGAUACCCUACUUACUAAGGAGAAUCGUAUUUUCUUCAUGUCAUGCGAAAGUUGCGGCAGUCGGCGCAGUGUCAACGCAAUUAAGAGCGGUUUCCAAGCCCAGGUCGGCAAGAGGAGCAAAAACCGUCCUGCAUGA